UGAGGGCAGAAGGGCCCUGCAGAGCCUGGGACCAGAGGACACACAGUCACAAGGCUCCCGCCAGUGUGGACAAGGCUGGCCAAGGAUGGUGAUGCCCAGGGCCCUGGGGGUCCUGCUUCUCCUGUUCCUCCUGCUCCUGGUCUCAGGUGCAAAAGAUUCCAUGAACAAAUCUGAGCAGGCAACAAACCCUGAGGAGCCGAGGAAAGUCUGCCUGGGGCUCAUCAAUAAGGACAUUUACAAACCCUUUGAACUUGAGAACACUGCUCAGUGCUUCACAAAGUGCGGGCAGUUGAGCAGUGAAUCCUGUGAUCUGGGAAACUUGAGGAGAUACUGGCUGGACUACGAGACCUAUAUGGUGGAGAAGAGUCUGAUGAACACAGUGAAUUUGUCUUUUUUGAAGACUUUUGUCAAGAACGUCAGCACCAACAUCUCAGAAGACCUGCACUUCUCUCUGAGUCCCUCUCAGAUUCCAGGGCAGGUGACAGAGGACAAGCCCAGGUUUCCAGACAGAGUCCGGCUGCCCAGGAGCCUGUUUGCAUCCCUGCAGGGCAGCAGGUCGGCGGUCCGCUUGGCCAUAUCUGUCCUGAACAUCAGCACAGGGGACAUCUUCAAGGGCCCCCAGCUCAGCCUGGAGGACGACAGCAGUGUGUUGAACAAUCGCCUGGUGGGCGUGAGUUUGGGCCGUAUGCGUGUCACAGGGCUGGCAGAGCCUUUGGAGAUCACUUUCUCCCACCAGCGUCAGCCUCCUAACAUGACCCUCACCUGCGUAUUCUGGGAUGAGACUAAAGGGUCAGCAGGAGACUGGUCUUCCAAGGGCUGCUCAACAGAGCUCGGAGUCAAGGGCACUGUCUGCCGCUGUGACCACCUGACCUUCUUUGCCUUGCUGCUGAGGCCGAUCUUGGACAAGGUCACCGUGCAGGCCCUCACACGAAUUUCCCAGGUUGGCUGCGGAGCCUCCAUGACGUUUCUGGCCUUCACCAUUGUCUUCUAUGCUGCCCUGAGGUUCUCCUGGAAGAAGUUCCAGUCAGAAGAUUCUCCCAAGAUCCACGUGGCCCUGAGCAUUAGCUUGUUUCUCCUGAAUCUAACCUUCUUCAUCAACGUGGGGCAUGGCCCACAGGAGUCUGAUGUUGCCUGCUGGGUCCGGGGGGCCGUCUUUCACUACUUCCUGCUCUGUGUCUUCACCUGGAUGGUCCUGGAAGCCUUCCACCUCUACCUGCUUGUCAUCAGGGUCUUCAACAUCUACUUCGGGCACUACUUCCUGAAGCUGAGCCUCGUGGGCUGGGGCUUGCCAGCCCUAAUAGUCAUCGGCACCGGCAGUGCCAACAGCUAUGGCCUCUAUACCAUCCGAGACGAGGAGAACAGGACCACACUGGAGCUGUGCUGGUUCCAUGAGAAAACUGCCGUCUCUGCCCUCUACGUCACCGUCCAUGGCUACUUCCUCGUCACCUUCCUCUUCAGCGCUGUGGUCCUGGGUCUGGUGGCCUGGAAGAUCUUCACUCUGCCCAGUGCCAUGGCAGGCAAGGAACGGCGGCAGAACUGGAAGAAGGUCCUCACCUUGCUGGGUCUCUCGAGCCUGGUGGGCAUGACGUGGGGGCUGGCCAUCCUCACGCCCCUGGGCUUGUCCACCAUCUAUAUCUUUGCAGUGCUCAACUCCUUCCAAGGUGUCUUCAUCUUCUGCUGGUUCCUCGUGCUCUACUUCCCAGGCCCGAGCGCCGCGUCCUCUUCUGGCACUGCCCAAGCUGGGCAGAGUCACACCGUGUCACACGAAUAGGGGCCGCCCUGCACUCUGAACUCAUCCCCGACCCUCUGUAUGAACUUGGACAGCUCCCUGCCUCCCUCUG